AUGCGAGAUUGUUUGAACUUGAAACGACCUUCAAAACGUCGCACACCUUUUCGCCCGGUUGUUUGUUCGUACAACUUGCACGGACCAAUUCUGUGUUGCAAUGAACCAAAAGAACGUGUCAGUCAAAAAAAGUGCAAUGAAUACAAGAAACUUGUCGAAGUAGGAAAUCGGGUGAUAAUCGAUCGUGACUUUGAUGUUCUAUCAGUUGCGGGAGGAUUUGAGACUGAAAUCAGUGAGUUUCCUCACAUGGCGGCAAUUGGAUUCAAACUUAGCGACGAAAGUAUUCAAUGGAAAUGCGGCGCGACAUUGAUUUCCGAUGAAUUUGUCAUGACAGCUGCUCAUUGCAUUAAUUUUGGAGACAAUGAACUCGACUUCAUUCGUAUAUCUGAUCAUAACUUGUACGAAUCCAGCGAUGAUACAAAUGUUCAAGAACGAACUGUAGCUGAAAUCUUCACACAUCCUUUGUAUAAACCAACAAGUACUUAUCACGACAUUGCCUUGAUCCGAUUAAAUGAGAAAGUUGAACUAAACAAUGUUACGAGACCUGCUUGUCUUUGUGUGAUAGAUCCUGAAACAGAUUCGAGUGUUAUAGCAACUGGAUGGGGACUUACCGCUUAUGGAGGAUCUCCAUCUGAAGAGCUGUUGAAAGUUGAGUUAUUGAUAUAUGAUCAAGAAAAAUGCGUUGAAUACUAUGGAAAAGGCAGAAAAUUUCGACGAGGAAUUAUUCAAGAGCAAUUAUGUGCAGGAGAUCCAACUGGAGAACAAGACACAUGCGAAGGAGAUUCAGGAGGCGCGAUUCAAUUGAAAAGAGUUGAAAAUGGAGGCACAAUUUAUCACGUGGUUGGUAUAACCUCAUUCGGAAAAGCGUGUGGUAUAGUAGAGAAUCCAUCGGUUUAUACAAGAGUUUCCAAGUACGUCGAUUGGAUUGAAUCUAUUGUAUGGCCAACAGGUUGA